AUGAGCGGACUUACCGCGAACCGGGGCUUGAUUUUAUCCGCAUACAAUGCUUCGAAAGCGGCGCUUAUCCAGCUGGCAAGAAGCCUUGCAAUGGAAUGCGGCCCAAAAGGGAUUCGUGUUAAUUCGAUCUCUCCUGAACACAUCGUCAACCCAAUGGUGGAGAAGAACUUUGAGGAAGCGCCUGGACUCGACAAGGGAUGGGAGCAGGAAAACAUGCUGGGACGGCUGUCGCUCCCGGAAGAGCUCACCGAAGAAACCAUUUCCAUGUUGAGCGAUGCCAGCUCGUUCAUGACGGGGACGAAAAUAGUCAUCGAUUGA